AUGAACCCCAAGCGGUGUGGAAACGCCUUAGUCGGCAUCGCGGUAGUCCGCCACUCACCUCUCUCAAAUGCCCCCGCACGGGAGUACCAGUCACCGGCGAAGGAGUCACUAAGGCCUACUCCCCAGCAGCAUGCAUUGCUUGAGCAAUUGGCGGCGGAGGAUGCGGCAUGGCCCAACAUUCCUCCUCCUCCUGUCCCUCCGCUCUCUCCUGCGGACGUCCGUAGUGCCGCCGCUAGGCAGCGUCACAAAGCCCCGGGCCCGGACGGGUGGCGGGGCUCCGAGCUCGAACAUCUGCCGGAGGCCGCGCUGCAAACCGCGCGCGACCUCUUUGCGCAAGUGGAAGCUGGUCAAGACUGGCCGGCGCAGUUGGGCCACUGGAAGCAGGUCCACUUGCAGAAGCCCAACAAGGAGUUGGGCGCCUUGGCCUCCUUGCGCCCCAUCUCCUUGAGCUCGGUUUGGUACCGGAUCUGGAGCGGGAUCCGUGUUCGCCCUUGGCUUGCCCAGGUCUUGCCGGACGAGCAGCAUGGCAGUGUCCGCCGCAAAGGGGUACACACCGCACUGGCGCUGCUUGAGCUGGGUAAGGACCCGAUGCGCGCGGGUCGUGAUGGGUGUUUUCGCUUCAUUGGCGCGGCCGAUCUAGCUAAAGCUUACGACUCCCUGGGGGCAGAGUUCUGCACUCGGGAUCUUGGCCGCAUGGGUGUGCCGGCUUCGCUACUUCAGGCUUGGGACAGGGCUUGGCGUGUCCAGGGGGAUGCAGCCUCGCCGAUGGCCCUGUGCGCCGUCAUCAGUGAAGCACUCGUGCGGGUGAAACGGCACGCCGCGGCACUGGGGGGGCAGCACCUCCAUCGGGUAUACUUAGAUGAUAGGUCUUGGAUCACUUCCAACGCGGACUUGUGUGCAUCCAUCGGCCGCCGGUGGAAACACGAGAUGGGUCAUGUGGGCAUGGCGGAAUGCCGCAGCAAGGCUGAAUACGCCGCCACGGGCGGUUUGGCCGCACAGACUGCGCUGCAGGAGACGCUGGAGCAGUCGGGCACCGUGGGCACGGUGGUGGAGCGCCCCAAGGUGCUUGGCACUCGGCUUCAGCUGACACGGGCCCACACGGGGCCCAGUGAGGAUGAGACUAAGCGGCUCAACACAGCUCAGUACCUCAUCCUUGAGGCUGCCGCCCUUCCGGUCACGCGCCACCAAGCCUUGUUUUUCGCAAAAAGCACGGGCAUGGCCGUGGCCACGUCGUGUGGAUGGUCACGACUUCCCAAUCUGCAGGAGCUCCAAAAGCUGCAACGCGCCAUUGAUGCGUGUCACGGGGAUGCACAUAGUCUUUGGGGCGGCUGGCCCGCUGCACAGAUUGCUGGGGCGCAUCAGACACUGCACCUGCUUAUGCACUUGGAUGGAGGCCUCCGUGACUGUUGGCAGAGCAUGCGCCAGAACCAAGGCCCUAUCAUGAUGCUCCGGCGCUGGAUGGAGCGACAGGGCUGGAACGCCCUCGAGCCGUGGGUCUGGGAGCACGCGGAUGCCCACAGCAUCCUUGAUGCACGGUUGCCUGCUCACCGUGGGAAUGCUGCCUGGUUGGCAAGGGGAGGACGCGUGGUGUGCUCACUGCCGGGGCAGGGUAAGGCUCAUGUGGCCCACGUGCUCCGUGAUGCUUGGCACGCCCAGCAAUGGCGUGAGUUUCAAGACUCCGGUACCAAAGCAGCUCAGGCUGCGGGCCAUUUGCGAUGGCGGGACGUGGAACAGAGGGCGGUUCUCGUCUCCAAGGCGUGCGAGGCUGCUCCGCCUCCUCUUCGACCUCACAUGCGAGCCAUUGCCGUCGGCCACUGGGUUAGUCAGGCUCGGUUCCAGUUGACCCAGGGCCUGGCAGUGGACCCAUGCUGCUACUGCGGUGACGCGCACCCGGACAGACUUCACGAGUGGACCUGCCCGGGUUUACGCACGGACUCCCGACACCUCCCACCCGACCCUCUCUUUAGGGCUUUGGGUUGGCCCCGAUGUGGGCAUAGUGACGUGGAUGCUAGCCUCCUCUGUGAGUUGGCGCGAGUACGAGCCAGGAUUGUAGCGGACCGCUACCCUGCACCUGCCUCGACCUUCGUCACCCCGCAAGCGAGAAGGGCAGGGCGGGAGGGGAAAAGAAAGGAAUCCCUGUGCUGA